AUGUAUAUACUUAUCUUUGCCCUGAUAUCUUGGGCUGGAGCCAUAGAAUUAACAUUCGAACUGCCGGACAAUUCAGUUCAAUGCUUUUAUGAAGACAUCAAUGCUGGCGUUGAAAAUAUAAUUGAGUUUCAAGUAGUAACAGGUGGACAAUAUGAUGUAGAUAUGACUUUAGAAGAUCCGGAAGGCAAAGUUCUUUACAAAGAUAUCAAAAAACAGUAUGACAGUUUUAAUUGGAAGUCUUCUAUUAACGGAACAUAUAAAGCUUGUUUUUCCAAUGAAUUCUCUACAUUCUCUCAUAAAAUUGUCUACAUGGACUGGCAGUCCGGAGAUAAAGUCAAUGCCAAACCAGUUGAUCCUGGAAGCCCAGUAAAUUUGAUUGAGGGAUCGAUUGCUUCAAUUGGUGAUAAAUUGAGAUCUAUUGAUGAUUAUCAAACUCACCAUCGCUUGAGAGAAGCAACUGGACGUAAACGAGCUGAGCAUUUGAACGAAAGAGUUUUGAUUUGGAGUUUGGGCCAGACUUCAGUUAUUGUUCUUAUUGGAAUAGCUCAAGUUCUUCUCCUUCGAUCAUUUUUUUCGGAUAAGAGAUCAAGAUACUAA